AUUUCAUCAAGAGCGGUAAGAAACAGGAAAAGAAGGCGCAAGGGCUUCAAAGUAAAGGUGCAUAACAGCUAUUCCGUCUUUAUCUAAAGACAGAAUAGCUUUUUUAUUUUGUAUUUUUACAAAAGCAUUUUUGUGUGAAGUGUUUAAGAUUUAACAGUUGCUAAAAAUUAUGCGUGGGUCGGACGAGUUAUUUAAUGUGUUUAUGUAGUAAAAAACUUGUUAUGACAUUGUAUUUUGUUCACUGAAACACUGACAGGAGGUUGGAGCAUGCGUUCAGAAAUUUUCGACCGGAAAUGGGAAGCUAUGCUCUUGUUAUCUUGACAUUAAUGGGCCUACACGAUGCUCUACGCGUGCGCGACAGUUCCUUAAAACAGCAGCUGUUUAGAGGUCACCAGGCAGCUUUUCUCCCACAGAAAGAGCAGGAGCCACUUAUAUGCAGUAACAGCUGACCCUCUGUGUCAGUGAUGCUCUGCAGUUCUUUCAACAUUAGAAAAACGCUGAGUGCUACUGUCUACUGCAGGUUAUGCAAUCAUCAGGAGCGCAGGUAGGACUCUAGGUCCAGCUCUCUAACCAUUCUAGCAGGAAUCAGAAUGGUCUGGUAAAGCAUAAACAGUUGACACAAACAUGAAGGAAAGAAAUGUGUGGGGAAGUCAUAUGACUGUGUUGUUAAAAAGGUGGGAAACAGCAGCACAUAACUUUGUUGUUAUGUAUGAGCCAUUAUAUAAAACAAACACACUGAUAGUUAUGAUUUUUCUUUUAGUUUGUUCACACUGAAUUAUGUACAUCUUUUAUUUUAGGAAAAAAAAACAUGCCAUCCAAAGUCGGUGUCAACCACCAAGGAGCUUUUUAGAUUCCCUUCCAAAAAUAAACAGCAGUGUAAUAAAACAUUUUUAAACCACCUCCUGAAAGACUUCCUAAAAAAUAAUACUGAGGCAGGGAAAAUCCUGGGUAUGCAGUAUGCUGUCCAGCAUUAGGAAAAACUUUACCACACACAACAUAUUUCUCUUUCAUUUUUUUAAAAGAAAUCUUUACCUAUAACUUUGUUUUUAUAAUGUAUUCUACAGACACAUAGUUUGACAUUUGGUAGUUGGUGCAGCAAAGAAUGUGAGAUUGAAUGUACAUAUUUUGUCAUUGUAAAAAUCCAUAUUAAACAAGCUUUCAUGCUAGAUUAUAUCCAGAAGUACUGUAAUAUAUAUGAAACACCAACCGAGCCAUUAUUUUGUGUUAGUCAAAGCUGUUUGUGUACAGUUUCUAUCCAAAACAUUCACACAUUUAUAACCUAAUUUACUAGAAAUCCCCUUGAAUUCAGUUGGCACAUUCACAUUCUGAAGUGGCUGCAGCAGCAGUCAAAUGCUUUGGCUCCAGAUAAAGAUUUACAUUUUUGCUGAUAGUAAUUUUCAUAGCAGGUAUCCUCCUGUCAUUAAGUCAUAGGCCAUUGUUGCAAGACAAAGCACAUAAAGAAGAACUGUCUGCUUUGUAUAAAGCUCUGAUAAUGUACUGAAGAAAAACGUGUCAAUGGACAGUUUAAUGAUCAUUAAUAUGUAAAUUGUCAUAACUGUUGAUCAUCUGGUUCCAUAAUGACAUCUCUCACUUUCUCAACAAAAUCCAAAGUGUUCUGGAUGUUGUGUUUAGAGCUGCCUAAACACCACAUCGAAUUAAAGAUCGAAGCCAGAAACUUUGAGGUGUUAUAAGAGACUGAGUUGCUCAUACAGACAAUUGGUUGUAAAGGUACACCUUGUUUAUGUAUCUUCAGUAAACCAUACAGACUUGGUGUAGUUUCCCCUGGGAAUAGCCUGUGGUAUGAGGUCCGGUCAGUAGCAUUCUCUUAUUCUAACUGCUUCAGACAAUCUAUCAUCUUCAUGUAACCACUACCUGCGUUUCAUUUCAGGGGCUCAUCAAGUAUUUUUGUCACUAAGCUGUGACAAAAUUUUCUCAUGAUUGUCUUUCUGGUUUUCUGCAAAACUGUGCACCUACCCUUGUCUGCCGGAAGGAUGAUAAUGCUGUUGCCGUUACUAAGUGAUGUGAGUGCCUUCCUCUCCUCCAGAGCUGAGACAGGCCAAAACCUUCGUCUGCAGUUACUCUGCUUCCACAUCUGCAUUGUUGUUGUUUCAAAUUGCUGAUUCUGUGGCUGUGAUCAGUUCCACUAGUGGGAUUUGUCUCUGCGUGGUAUCAAAGUUCAUCCCUUUUGCAAGGAUAUUUUUCUCUGCUUGAGUGAGUUGUCUGUCAGACUUUUUUGGUCUCACAAUAACAUGUGCAGACAAAAACGAUAAGCAGACACACUGGCAUGACCAUAAAUGAUAGAAAACUGCAGUUUUUUAACUAAUGAAUCAAGUGCACAUAAAUUAAUUCAGUAGCACGAUUAUUUAUUUUUUCCACAUGGCUUCUUUGGUGGGUGUUCCACUCUCUGAGGAGAAACCCUGCUAAUGUUGGUAUUAAAAGUAAGGUCUUUUUUAGCCACAUGCAAAUAUUUAAUUGUCCAACAUUAAGAAAACCUUUGGCACACACAGCAGAUAUGUCUUUGACUUUUUCUCAAGAAAUCUUUAAUCAUAACUGCAAAAGACAGAUAUGAGAUUGAAUGUAUAUCUAUUUUGUUGUAUUUGCUGUGCUAGUCAAAGCUGUUUGUAUGCAGUUUCUAUCUAAACAUAUAUGCACAGCCAGUUUACUUGAAAAACAAUUAGCUGAAUUCUGCAGGAACAUCUCCCAUUUUAUUCGUUUGUGGAAACUUGAAAAGUGGCUGAAAGAGCAGUCAAAUGCUGUGGCUUCAGAUAAAGAUUUACAGUUUUGUCAGUUGUAAUUUUCAUAGCAAAUAUGCUCUUGUCAUCAUGUCAUAAUUGCUCUUUUAUUUGCUUUGUCUCGCAACAACGGCCUCACUGGCUUGUUUAAAACUCUGAUAGUGUACUGAAGGAAAAACAUUUCCAUUUGAGAAAUGGUGUCCAAAAACUUUAGUCUGUCUUUGUUGAUAUGCUCCUCAGUUCACAGGUUUGAAGUUUAUUCUUUUUAUUGUUCAAGUUUGUUCCUUGACUGCUGUACGCCUGUGUGGAAAUGUCAGUUUGUGAAAUUAAAGCUGUUAAAUGCAUCAUAGUAAUCUGAUGUGAUGGAAUGACCAAAAAUGAGAGAUAUCAGUGUUCAUCCCGGACAGGAUAGUACUAGAUGAGACGUGAAACUGAGUAGUUGUUAAUGCAUCUGGGAGUUAACUAAUGGCCUCAGAGCUAUCAAGUCAGAGGUUCACAAAAUCUAUUAACUGACUUUCUUUAUAUUUAAACAGCAUACAGGGUUGAAAAUGAAAGUGAGCUCAUCCAAAGAGAAAAAAAGUUGGAAGAAAUAAAAGAAAAAAACCCUAUUAAAACAACCAAGUCAAGAGUUAUGAGAAUGACAGCAAACAGUUUGUUUAAAAAAAAAAAAACAUACAGGAGGGCAGGAAGUGGAAUAACUAAAAAAGCAGGUGUAUUGAUUUUAGGAACAAUAGAGUGUGUUUAAAUAGUAUUGGUGGUGCCAGUAACAUGGGGUUUGCAAUAGCAGAAGUUGCAGGACACAUUAAAGUGAUAGUAUUUGCUGUAGUAGUGUAACUGGCGUCUCUGUAGUAGUUGAGUCUUCUGUAGUAAAAGAUUUGAAAAGUUAGUGAAGGAGAAGUAUUUCUAUCAGUGGCAGAGGAAGUCAUAGAAAUGACGCUUCUGCUUGAAGAUCUGUCAGUAUGAGUGCAGUUGUUUGUCAAAGGUGCAUGUGAUUAAGGAACCGUACCCUGAUUAGUUAUUUCUCAGGUUGUUCACAGGUCAUGAAAUCAUAGCUCAUGACCAUCAGGGUGGGGAUGGAUGCAUGCAUUUAUUCCUUGAUGAGCUUUGAACUGGGCAUUCGAGGAUUUGGUGACAGAAUCCCAAACCGAAUAGUGACCUGUGUUCACACUCAUGUACAGAGUCUGAACAGAUUUCAGUUUACCCUGGCAAGGGAUUUAAAGUUAUGCUACAAGUUACUAAAAAGGCACCUUGGUGGCAUUUAAACGUCAUCGGCUCAGCCACCAUCAUUUACAAGUUGCUUUUUAUUUUAGUAGUGAUUGCAUUUAAGCAGAAAAAAUAUAAGUUGUGCUUAUUUUGAUUUAAAUCUUUAAAAGAUGAGAUUUGCCCUUUACAGCUAUUUUUAUUUUCAAACAUUGUCUCAAAGCCACUGGAAUAGUGACAUCAAGAGUUAAAUUAAACUGUUAAAUUCCUAAACCGACAUGUAAAAAAAGUUGUGCUGAGAUUAAGCUGACCAGCGUACAACAUAACAAUGUAGUAUUAGUUGAGAAGUCAAAGUAUAAAUUUAAAGCUAAAAUAGUAACAAUAACAUGUGCAGACAAAAACUGAAGGCAGACAGACUGGCAUGAGCAUAAAUGAUAGAAAACUGCACUUCUCACAUGACUCUAAAGUGUCUUACUAAUGAGUCAAGUGCACAUAAGUUAAGUAAAUAGCAUGGUUAUUUAUUUUUUCCACAUGGCUUCUUUGGUGGGUGUUCCACUCUCUGAGGAGAAGCCCUGCUAAUGUUGGUAUUAAAAGUCCAGUAAGGUCUUUGUAGCCACAUGCAAAUAUAUAAUUGUCCAACAUUGAGAAAACGUUUGGCGCACACAGCAGAUAUGCCUUUGACUUUUUCUCAAGAAAUCUUUAAUCAUAACUGCAAAAGACAGAUUUGGAAGGCAGUGCAGCAAAGAAUAUCAGAUAUAAUGUAUAUAUUUUGUUGCAUUUGCUGUGUUAGUCAAAGCUGUUUGUAUGCAGUGUCUAGCUAAACAUAUAUGCACAGCCAGUUUACUGGGAAAAAAAUUAGUUGAAUUCGACAGGAACAUCUCUCAUUUUAUUCGUUUGUGGAAACAGAAGCAGUCAAAUGCUGUGGCUUCAGAUAAAGAUUUACAGUUUUGCCAGUUGUAAUUUUCAUAGCAAAUAUCCUCUUGUCAUCAUGUCAUAAUUGCUCUUUUAUUUGCUUUGUCUUGCGACAGCGGCCUGUCUAAUUUGUUUAAAACUCUGAUAGUGUACUGAAGGAAAACGUUUCCGUUUGAGAAAUGGUGUCCAAAAACUUUAGUUUCUCUUUGCUGAUAUGCUCCUCAGUUCACAGGUUUGAAUUUAUUCUUUUCAUUGUUCCAGUUUGAUCCUUGACUGCUGUACGCCUGUGUGGAAAUGUCAGUUUGUGAAGUUAAAGCUGUUAAAUGCAUCAUAGUAAUCUGAUGUGAUAGAAUGACCAUAAAUGAGAGAUAUCAGUGUUCAUCCCUGACAGGAUAGUACUGGAUGAGACAUGAAACUGAGUAGUUGUUAAUGCAUCUGGGAAUUAAGUUUUCGUAGUGUUGUCCUCAGUGGUAUCAAGUGAGUAUCUCGUUAAUAUUUACUGAUUUUAGCAUAAAUAUGUGUUGUAUUAACAGACAGCAGAAGUUUAAAUCUGAUUUUAAGUUACGCUAUAGACAGCUUAGAUUUUGAGAAAAAAUAAAGUCCUUUUAUCCAUAGGCUUUCAUUGUUUACAUUGAAGCGGAUAGUGAUGUCAGAACCCUGCUCUGAGAGAAUUACAUAUUAUGUUGAACCUUUUCAAUUUGCAACUAGGGAGGAAAACAUCCCAUAUAAAUAAAAUGAAAACAAUUACGGAGGCAAGAGUGCGACAGAAUUGUUGGUAUCUGCAGCAACUUUCCUAUACGCUAACUGAGAAGCAGAGUGUUAUCUGUAAAGAGCUCCUCUCUCUGUCAUCAGCUGUUAGAAGUACUCUAUUUUCAUGUGAGCAUUUAUUUGCUUUUCCAGUUGACUAAUUGCAUUACUAAAUGCAUAGAGAGAAAAGUGCAGAGAAACGUGCAGUCUGUUGGAAGUUGCCUUGUUGUCUGUUCUCCUGUUUUUAUCUACAUGAUGAUACUGAUUACACUUAUUGUGUUGUCUUAGUGGCCUUGAUAGUUGAUUAUAUGAACAAAACAUUUAAAUGAAUGACGGUAAUUUCUAGGUUUCUAACAUCAUAUUCAGCAGGCAUUUGUAGCUAUGUGUGUAUGUGUUUCCAAGUGCUGCAGUUUGCUGCACUUUAUGGAACUGUGAUUCUAGAGCCUUUCCUGUUGCAAAUGUAAUAAAAAAGAGGAGUUUGAGGCAAGUGGUGUUUAUUUAGUUGCAAUUUGCACUGUCACCGCUGGAUGCCACCAAAACUUACACACUGCUCUUUUAGGUGAAGGAGCUUGCUGGACUGUGUUUAACUGUUGUGACCACUAGAGGGUAGAACAGUGUAAGUUUUCCCUUCUCCAUCUCUGCCAAACCUUACUGUAUAUAUGUAAUGUGGUUCUGCAGAGAAAAAAUUGACCAAAACAACUUAGGGUUUGGAAAUAUAUAGGCUUUAAUGAUGAAUACACUGUUGUAAAGAAAAUGUAGCUCUCCAGUGACUAGCUGAAUUGGGUAUACUUUUAACAAGACAACCUAUACAAAAAGCUGAACAUGCUACAGCUGGUUGUUAGCAGAGCGUUGAAGGGUUUAUAAAUAUAUAGGGUGUUAUACAGGUGUUACUAUUAUGUGUUUUGAUAUUUGCAGACUGUCUGUUGGUAUUAAAGUGUGACAGUUUGGAUAGCACUGCUGGAUGCAUACAUAGACUUAAUUAUUAUCUUGAAAAAGAAAACAACAGGGAGAGAGAGAAGUUGAGACUAAGGUUGUGUAGUGACUUAAAAUGAAUGGUUUAUAAUGUGCUAUGUUGAAUGAAUGAAAACAUGUAUUACACUUUCAGUUAUUAGAUUUGCAUAAGAAAAAAUUGUUCAGACAAAAAAGGCAGUUUUGGUUUGUCAGUUUUAAGACUGCUCUUGGCAUUCAGUCUCUCAGCAGGUUGGCAAGCACUUAUUCUAGUGAACAAACUUUGUUAUCAUUAGGAACAGAUUGCUGUCACGCUGCCAGCCAUAGUGGCUCCCAGUGUGGGUGUGGUAAUGGGAGACUAAAGGGUUUCCUUAAAGCUGGCACCAUGUCACACAUUAAUCAUACCCAGGCUGGUAUUGCUAUCAAAAACAUGUUUCGAGUUUGUCAUAAAAGUAGUGAAGAUUGGAUUAAUGUGGGAUUUCAGCUUGGAUACAUCUAUUCAUGUUCAAGAUGAUGAUUGUUUGGAUGCUUUUACUGUGAUGGUAAAGGAUUUUACAGUGGUUGGAGUUUGGUUUGGACUCACUAAUCGUGGCUAAUGAGAACACUACUUUCCCUGCUGUUGUGCUAAAGAAGAGCUGAAAUCAGUCUUUAAAAUCCUCAUUAGACCUGAAUGUAAAUUUUUGUGCUUGUUAGUAUAUUUAAUGAAGACAUGCAAAAUUUGAGCUUCAUACCAUGGAAAUUUUCUUAUUUCUAAUUAGGGAUCACUCAAUUUUUAGGCUGCAUUCACAGGUGAUGAAAUCAUAGUGCAUGAACAUUAGGGGGUUACAUUCAGUCAGGCUAUGCAUUUAAUCCUUGAUGAACUUUGACCUCAUCAUGCCAGGACUGGAUCACAGCAUCCUGAACCUAACAGUAACCUCUGUUCAGACUCAACAUGUGGGAUUUCAGUGGACUCCUAACAGAGGAUUGAAAGUCUGUGGUUUUUAAAAAGUGAGGUGCUCAUCCACCAUUUGCCUAUUUGAGAACUCAAGAUUUAAAUUGAAAUUGUUUUUGUUAGCCUGAUCAUUUCCAUGAAGUUGACUGCUUUUUGGGGUGCUAUGGUCUUACAAUAACGUACAUUAUUUAUAUAUUUCGUGCAACAUCUUGGUUGGGUGUGCUGUCUCUCCAAGGCUAUGGAGGGACAAGAUGUGUUAAUUUUGAUAUUAAAAAUGCCGCUGGGUCUUUAUGGCCACAUGCAAAUAUGCAAUAUUUUCUAAACAAACAGAUUAAAUCAGUGAAAUUAAACAAACCUGAAACUGAAGUACUGAAACCUCUGUGCAGUACAUGGCUCAGAAUAGCAUUCUAACAUCAUAUGAUCUGUACGGAUAAGACAAUAAUCCCAGUGUAUGCCUAAAAAUAUCAGACCCUGCCAUUGUUUUAUCCCCUGGAGCUGUGAAUCUGAUUAGAAGCGGCUUGGUGGUGCAAGGAUGGAUGUUAGUUGAAGGUUUGCAUUUUGGAAAGUGUGAAAUUGCACAUUUCACACUAAAAGUAAUGGCACAGAUUUCAGCUGGCUUUUGUUGCUUGGUUUGUGCAACCAAAAUACGUGAAGGCAGAGUUAAAUCAAAAUGUGUUUGAACAGAAACAGUAUUAUCCUGCCACACAACUACACCAAACAGUCACUGGGCCUUUUCUUGUAAAACCGUGAGGCAGCUGUGUCUCUGUGAGGCUCAUGCUUGUGCUGCAGGGACCUAUUAUAGGGGUGAGAUGUAACCGGAGAGAGUUGACCUAAUUUUUGGGUGUUGUGGUAUGCAAGGGAGUCGAGGUGAUCAGAAAAGAAGACGAGGUCAUCUCACAACCCAGUCUCUGCCAUCUUAUAGCAACAACACCAGCAGCACAGACAGCAGGGAACCAAGCCUUGUUCAGCGAAAUUCAAGCCUGUGGCAUCGUGUCAGUGUCGCACAAAGGUCCAAAUGUUGUUAUGCAACAUUCCCUUUUAUGUUCUCUGAAAUGCUGAUAAUAGAGUUCUUAGAGGCUGCCCCCACUUCAUGAAAGCUGUAAACAGACUUAAGGUCCCUCCAGACUGUGAGCUUUGAGCAAUAAUUCAAGGAAACUUAGAUAUGCCAUUGAGUUUCAUGUAUGCAGACUAUAUGGUGAUAAUACCUUCACCAAUCCAAUGCUGUUUUUUCCCAUGGUUUGUGAUCCUUGGUGCACGCAAGAUGUGAUAGCUGGCGGAAAACUCAAUUCGAUGUUUCUUUUUUAUAUAGCGCCAAUUCAGAAUAACAGUUGCCCUUAAAAACUACCUUUAAAGCUCAACUCUAAAGGCUCAACUCUUAACUUUCAUUUGUAAUUUUAUAUAGUCAUCUAAUUACUUAGCAUUAGUUUCUUUGCUUCUUAGCUUCUUAACUUGGAGUUGUUGACAAAAAUGUGACAAACAUGUGACAGCUGACCAGGUUUCUGAAUGUUAUCCAUUGCAAACUGCAGGUUUCUCAACUAAAUAUCAGGGCCAAUGAUGGACUUUUACUGAUAGCUCCAUUGAUCAGACAUUUUAUUGAUUAAGUAAAUUGCAUAUCAGUUGCAUGAUUGAAUACUGAUAUGAGAAAAGUUAUCUAGGAGUUGACUUUAAUGCAAGAACUUGCUCAGCCAGAAUACCAGUUUGUGUGCAUAUAUUUCUAAAAGAAUGUUGGACGUGUUCAGACUCAUCCAGAAAUGUAAAGACAGUGUAGUUUGCAUGUUUCUACAUGUUUAGAUCUGCGUGAUCUAUAUGUAUGACAAUUUCCAGAAAGAUGAGCAUAAGAUAUGUAAAAUAUAUAUAUUUAUAUGUGUUAACUUGCAUUGAGUCACGUCUAUUAGUUGAUCUGUCAUGUGUGACUGACCACUGUACGACCAAGCAGCUUGAUGCUUACACCGAACGUUGACCCCUGUGACCUUUAAUGCAUCGUCAAGCAUUUUGCUGCAUUUGUGUGUUUCCACGAGGAGGGGGGUGUGCUGUGUGUUUAAAAAUGUGUGUGCUCAGCAGCAGUCAUCAACCCAUUCUCAUUGAUUUUAAAGGUUUCCUUUUUUAAAAAGGGGUCCAAGGUCACAUCAGUGGAACAAGGGUAAAUUACCAAUGCCCUUUUCCUCCCACAGCUCAAUUUCACAGCUGUUUAUAUGAGGUUUGUUUGUGUGUGUGUGUGUGUGUGUGUGUGUGUGUGUGUGUGUGUGUGUGUGUGUGUUUACAGGGGUCACUGUAUUUGAGUGUUCGAGCCCUUCUGUAUAGGGGGAGGGCCUAUGUUUUCUAAUCUAUUUUGAGCAAGAGCCCCUCCCUCCCUUGCUGUUUCUGUAGAUAUAUAAGGCCUCUGCAGACACACAAUCUUUUCUUCACUCUCGUUUUAGCUGAGACGCCAAACUGGAGCACCGGCACCGUUUCAAAAGUACCGGUUUGGCACCGGUAUCGGAUAAAACCUAAACGAUACCCAUCCCUACUGGGGACUGAGUGAAGACAAACAAGUCUGCAUCACAACCGAUAGUGGGAUAAAUAUAGUGAAGGCCACAUCCCUGAACAACUGGACCCGGCUGCAGUGCUUCGGACAUCGACUUCACUCAGCUAUCGGUAAGUUGGGGAGCAGAAUAAAAUUAAAAAUGCCUUUAAUUGUGUUUUUGAGCCCAUGUAAAUAUAUUAAAAGCUAGAGAUCUAAAUCACUUCCAUUGUCAUUGUUAAAAAAAUAAACAUCAGAAAGAACAUUCUUCAUGUCAGCCUAUUUAUUUGAGGUAAUAGUUGCUGUUGACUUGCAUAAUAGGCAAAUAUUCAGUCACUCCUCAGUGUAAAUCAAGUUGACAAAAUAUGCCAAAUAAAAUUUAGAAUUUUUGGGUUCUAUCAGGAUCCCAAUUGGCUAAUAAAGAACCUCAGCUCUUUUUACUGUAAAGAAUAUUAAAUCAUGAUUCCACCAAAUGGGGCAAUUCAAGACAAAAAGAGCAAGUGAUGAAAACGGCAAAUAUAACAAUGAUGUUGAUAACACCAGCCUCUGUCACCUUUUUAAAUAUAAGAAAAAAAAAAUUUGGUCAGUCUGUCAGCAAAAUUAAAAAGUUAUGUUUUAGAAAAGUACAAUCAAAAAAGUACAAUCAUAGCAAGUAAGUGGGUUUUCAGGGCUGUGAAUUUUAUUUGUGACUGAAAAAAAAAGUCAAAGAUCUUAAAUUAAUUUCUGAGGUUAAUAUGUGCUAUUAUUUACCUACCUAUUAUUUAUCCACAGAAAAAGCCGUCAAAGACAAGAGGGUGGAGCGAGCUGUGGCCGUGUGUAAGAGAGUGGUGGCCGCCUCCAGUUUCUCUUGGAAGAAAAAAAGGGAAUUGGCUGCUGCUCAGGAGGAGCUUCACCUACCCCAGCACAAGUUAGUGACAGAGUCGCCCACCAGGUGGGGCUCAUGCCAAAAAAUGGUUGGGAGGGUUCUGGAGCAACAUAAAGCUAUCUCUCAGGUCCUCAGUGCAGAUAAGAAGACCAGGCACUUGGUUCCCUCCUGGCAAGAUCUAGAUGUUCUGGACUCUGUGCAUGUGGCCCUGAACCCACUACUGGAAUUCACAGAUUCACUUUCUGGAGAGUGUUAUGUGAGUGUGUCCUACCUCAAGCCGAUGCUUCACCUUUUCAGAACACAGAUUCUGAAACCAUCUGAGGAUGAAACACAACUUACAAAAGACCUUAAGAUGACAGUCAUGGCAUACCUUGAUGAAAAGUACAAUGACCAGAUUACAAAUGAACUGCUUGAUGUUGCAACCCUGGUAGAUCCGUGCUUCAAAGUACAAUACAUUAAUGCAGAACAUGUUGAUGCCAUCAAAAUGAGAGCAGUGUCUGAGAUGUUGGGGCAAAUUGAGCACCCGUCCACUUCAGCAGGAACGGAGGAAACAGAAGAUGGUGGAGCUGCUGCAGUACUACCAACCCAAAAGAAACAGAGAAAGUCACUGGGCAGUUUCUUUAAGAAAUCCCACCGCACCAGCACAGGGCUCACUGAGAAAGAGACAGUUGAAAAGGAGCUUGAAAAGUACUUGCUGAUGCAGACAGUGAAAUGGACCCACUUGAGUGGUGGAAAAUCAACCACAGAAGCUUCCCAAGAGUUAGCUGCCUGGCAAAGCACUACCUGUGCAUCCCCGCAACCAGCAGCCCCUCUGAGAGGGUAUUUAGUACAGGGGGUAAUAUUGUGACUUGCCACAGGGCCGCUUUAAAGCCUGAAGCAGUGGAUAGACUUGUCUUCCUGUCCCACAACCUGUAGGCUUUUGUCAGACAAGAGAGAGAUGCACCUAGGAUUUAAAGAAUGCUCUGUUAGCAUCUUUAUUUUAAAACUGUUUGAAAAGCUAAGUUAAUUUCCUUUUAGUUCUCAGUUUGAUAUUGACAAAAGUUAGUUAAUUUUGUCUGUUCUUCUGUAAAACAAAAUAAGAUUUAUCUUUAGAAUUAAUAUUUUGUUUCUAAGUGGAAUUGACAAUUUGUCUGUUUUGUUUGUUCUGUUUUGGAACUUAGACGCUUUAACGGCUACCUUUUGUGUAGUUUGCAAUAUUUGCAAACUUUGCCUUUAUUUAUCUGAAACUAAACUAAAGUCUCAUGUUAAGUACAUCUGCCCUGUUGUUGUGAUGUUAUU